AUGGUUAGUGAGUGGUGGAGACCCAGAGGAAGAGCCAGCGGCCUGCGAGUGGAAAUCCCAGCCGGAGUGGGAGUGUUGCGCUUGGAGGAGUGCUCAGCGAAGCGCACCAGAGAGGAGAGAGACACGGAGCCCCCCCCACGCCAUGCCGAGCGCACCCAACGCUCAAGCCACACAUCCUGUAUCACAGCUCACCGUCUGUUGAGGGAGAAUGGAGAAGGCUCUGCCCAGAACUGUGGAACGGCAUGCCCUGGACUGAUCCCUGACUACCUGGCAUGCCCUGGACUGAUCCCUGACUACCAGGCAUGCCCUGGACUGACCCCUGACUACCUGGCAUGCCCUGGACUGAUCCCUGACUACCAGGCAUGCCCUGGACUGAUUCCUGACUACCUGGCAUGCCCUGGACUGAUCCCUGACUACCUGGCAUGCCCUGGACUGAUUCCUGACUACCCGGCACACCCUGGACUGAUUCCUGACUACCUGGCAUGCCCUGGACUGAUCCCCGACUACCUGGCAUGCCCUGGACUGAUUCCUGACUACCUGGCAUGCCCUGGACUGAUUCCUGACUACCUGGUAUGCCCUGGACUGAUCCUUGACUACCUGGCAUGUCCUGGGCUGAUUCCUGACUACCUGGCGAAUCCUGGACUGAUUCCUGACUACCUGGCAUGCCCUGGACUGAUUCCUGACUACUUGGCAUGCCCUGGACUGAUCCCCGACUACCUGGCAUGCCCUGGACUGAUUCCUGACUACCUGGCAUGCCCUGGACUGAUUCCUGACUACCUGGUAUGCCCUGGACUGAUCCUUGACUACCUGGCAUGUCCUGGGCUGAUUCCUGACUACCUGGCGUAUCCUGGACUGAUCCCUGACUACCUGGCGUGCCCUGGACUGAUCCCUGACUACCUGAUAUGUCCUGGACUGAUCCCUGACUACCUGACAUGUCCUGGACUGAUCCCUGACUACCUGGCGUGCCCUGGACUGAUCCCUGACUACCUUGCGUGCCCUGGGCUGAUCCCCGACUACCUGGCGUGCCCUGGACUGAUUCCUGACUACCUGGCAUGUCCUGGACUGAUCCCUGAGUACCUGGCGUGCCCUGGACUGAUCCCUGACUACCUGGCAUGCCCUGGACUGAUCCCUGACUACCUGGCGUGCCCUGGACUGAUCCCUGACUACCUGGUGUGCCCUGGACAGAUUCCUGACUACCUGGCAGCUGCUGACUAA